GCCCCUGAUAAUACGCGCCAAUCAGCCAGUUUGACUCUUUAGUUUGCUGUAUAGACAUUUCUGUGAUUUAUUCAUCACUUUUUUUUACCUCGAGAAGAAUCUCUCCUGGUGUCUAUUCCAAGGGGGACAAUAUAGUACAAAUGGGUCCUUGAUAAAGUUCCGCCAAUUCAGUCUUGGCAAUGGGAGCUUAAUCGUUUUGAUCUGCAUUGAUCUCACCAGAAGCCGAACCGCUCAGUCGUUCAUCAGCCUAAUAACUACUAGGAACAAUCCUCUCCAGAGAUACACCAAUGGCGACUGAGACAGUAAUCCAAGGAACACCACCUCCAUCAUCAAACAGGUCCCUGGUCUCAUUUCAGAUCCUAUCUGACUUGCACCUAGAACUUAACGAACAAUAUUCACAAUUCGAAAUCCCAGCCUGCGCUAGAUAUCUCAUUCUGGCAGGCGACGUUGGGUACUUAGCGGACUAUGAACAAUAUCGCGAAUUUAUCAAGAACCAAACGGACCGUUUCGAAUUGGUCUUUCUUGUUCUUGGAAAUCAUGAAUUCUACAAGGCGUCUGUGGCAGCCGGUAUCGAAAAGGCUAGACGGCUUGAACGGGAAUCCUGUUUGAAUGGGCGUCUUGUCCUCCUGCGUCAGAGGCGUUUUGAUAUCCCGGGCUCUCAUGUUACUCUAUUGGGUUGCACGCUUUGGUCUAAAGUUCCGGACCAGUCCAGGGAUAUUGUCCGGUCGAAAAUAAAGGAUUAUAAGAAUAUCGAAGGCUGGACGGUGGAUGAGCAUAAUGCAGCUCAUGAUUCGGAUUUCUCCUGGCUGGGACAGGAAAUUGAGUCAAUACGGAAUGAAAAUGCAAAGGCGGAAGAAGAACAGAUUCAGACACGAUCUGUUCUGGUGGUGACCCAUCAUGCGCCUUGUCUGCAAGGAACUUCCAAUCCGCAGCACGGAGAGAGUCCCUGGAGAUUCGCAUUUGCUAGUGAUGUUUUGGGGCAGAUUCCGGGUGAUGUCAAGAUCUGGGUAUUUGGCCACACGCAUUACACAGUCGAUUUCAUGAGAAAUGGAAUACGGGUUGUGAGCAAUCAGCGAGGUUAUGUGCGCCCUGGGAGUGAUCUAAACGGUAACCAAAAUAGUUUUGAUACUAGAAAAAUCAUAAGUAUGCAAUAG